AUGGCGGAUAAUGAUGAUGAUGAUAUAUUCACGGUCGUGGUGAUUGAUGAUGGUGCAUUCACUCGUUAUUCGAGUAGAAUUCAUGUCCAUCUAUGGUGUAUAUGGUUCGAUGCUGUUAUCUUAACUACUCUAAAGGGACUCCCUUCAUCUCCGACACUUAUCGCAUUGCUUAGUCCAAUCUAUGGCCGCUGUGCUUCUGAGCAUUACUAUAUUUUAGCUUGUCACAACCUCCCGCACGGUACCUCGAAUUACCGGUCGUUUGGUUGGGAUGCCCAGCGUCCUCCGAGGCCCAGUGGUAACGGCCGUGCACCCAAAAAGUUGACCAUCAGUAUUGAUCCCGCCGACAGCAAGUACUGUUCAUUCUCGCUUGCUAGGACAGAGGGCACGCUUAUCAAAGGCAGCGAAUUGUUACGACGCGACAAAGAAAACGCCUAA